UGGAGUAUAAAGUUUAAACAAAAUUCUCUCAAACAAAAUAAAAGAAAUAAAAGGCCGUCGAAAUUCGCCGGCGAUACAGAAACCGUGGUCCAUGUCGGCUGGAAACACUGUCCCCGUCUCCUCAAUAGCGCUCUUCCAAUUCAAACACUCGUCAUUUCUCGCUCCAAAGUCGACCUCACUAGCCGCACCACCUUCACCGGUUACCCCCUCUGUUUCCAGGAAGAAACCUAAUUUGACGGAAUUGGCGAUCGGAGAUGCGGAUGAGGAACGCAUCGCCUCGGCGGCGCGAUUGGCAGAGAAGUUAGAGAGGAAGGAAUCGGAGCGGUCUACUUAUUUGAUCGCGGCGCUUAUGUCGAGCUUAGGGAUCACUUCCAUGGCCGCCGCUGCCGUUUACUCCAGAUUCUCUUGGCAAAUGGAGGCUGAUGAAUAUGAUGGUUGCUUCCUUGGAUUAUUACCUCAUGUAGCCAUAGUAACAAAUUUGGACUGGGAGCAUGUGGAUAUAUAUCAAGAUGAGGAGGCUGUCAAAGAAAUUUUCAGGAAGUUCCUUGAGAGAGUAAGAAUUGAUGGCCACCUUAUUGUAUAUGGGGAUAAGUAUGCAUCUCUGAUCAUCAUGGGCGGACCCAAGGUUGUAAGGGGGUAGGGCUUAAGCCCUCAAUGAAAUAAUUUUUUAAAAUUUUUUCUAUUAAUUUUUUAAAAAAUUUAAUCAAAUUUAGUGUAAGUUAUAAUGUAAAAGCCCCUAUAAAUAAUUUAAAUUACUCAAAAAUAUACAUCAAAAUAAAAUUUAGAAGUUUCAGCCCCUAUCAAUAAUUAUUUCUGCAUCCGCCCCUGCUGAUCAUCCAUCAAUAUGAGCUCUUCCUCUUCAUGCUGUCAUGAUCUCACAUUCAUGUUUAAGCAAUCAUAACUAAAGUGUAACCUGCUGAGAAUGAAUAUUUGUAGGCAUGGCCAGAGCCUAGGUGCUUUUUCUAUGCUGAAUCACCCCAUAGAGGUAUCUGAUCCUCUGAAUUAUGUGGAGGUCUCUCUGACCAGCUAUGCGCCAAGAGAUACAAUAUUACUACUUUCGGAAUGUCAGGUUACAAUAACUGGCAGGCUUCAUCAGUUUCUCCAAACUCUCACGGUGGUUGUGACUAUCAACUGGAGUUCGAGAUACAUUCGGCAAGCUACCUAGCCCCUCCCCAUUGCCACCCGCAUGGCUCGGGUAAUUCUUUUUUUUAAGGAGUUCGAGAUACAUUCGGCAAGCUACCUAGCCCCUCCCCAUUGCCACCCGCAUGGCUCGGGUCCAGGCUCGUAAGCUUGCCAAGCCCCAAGGCAACAAGCCUUGUAAAGGCCCACAGGGGAAAUUAAUCCCAAGUAAGUUGCGCCAUCCAGGAGUCGAACUCGAGACCUCCAAGAUGGCGCGGUAUCCUUGUCACCCUACUCAACCACUUGAGCUAGGGGGCUUGGAUAGCGGUAAGAGAUUCCAAGUACCAAUGUGUAACAUUAAUUUUAUUUUCUGUUUUCUAAAUAUGCCUUUUUGUGUUCAUUUUCUAGGGAUUUCAAGUCUGUUAACUAGAUCAUUCAUAUUUUGACAUUAAUCUGCUUACUAAUUCUAAUUAUUGCCUGGAGGCUAGGUGUUGCUGUCCAUGUCAGUUUUACUCUCAUUUUCAUGGCAGUUAUGGUAUUUGCUAAAUCCGCUCUUUUCUUAAUGUAUUUCACAUUUUCAAGUCUACAGGUGAUUGCUGCUUUAAAUGCUUUAUUUGGUGACGGUAGACAACUCUAUGAAUCAAUUGAUAAAGUGAAGUCACAUUUGAAAAACUUUAAAGGCAUCUCCAGACGUUUUGAGUAUAUUGGCAAAAUUCAUGGAUGUCGUAUAUUUGACGACUAUGCUCAUCAUCCCACUGAGGUACGCUGUGUUCUUCAAGCGGCAAGAAGGAUUUUUCCUUUAGAGGAACUUUUGGUAGUUUUCCAGCCUCACACUUACAGUCGCCUGGCAGCAUUGAUGAGUGAGUUUGCCUCUGCAUUCAAAAAAGCAGAUCAAGUCAUAGUUACUGAGGUCUAUGCUGCCAGGGAAACUAACGUUUGGAAUAUUGGCGUAACCAGUCCAACAUGCGAUUUUAUCCCAUGCCUGGAGAAUGUGAUCAGUGAGCUGGUGAAUAUGGUAUCCAAGAACCGCCAUCGUCAGCUUGUGAUCUUGACACUAGGAGCAGGUGAUAUAACUCUGGUUGGACGGAAGGUGCUCCGAGAAUUGGAGCAAAAGUUCAAUCAGGAGUCAAGCCUGCAAUUUCUGUAGAAUGAAGAUGCCCUUCUAUGACUUACUUUUACUGAUAUUCGAAUUUUCCCACGGGUUUUGUUGAUUGCCUUUGCAAUUCACAAGAUAAGAUAAAUACUCAAGCUGCUAUAAAAUGUGUACAUGUUUGAGAUUUGCAUCCAACUGUAUAUUUGUUGUUCUCUAUA